AUGACGAGACAUCGAAGAAAGUCGAAGGCGAUGACACAAUCAGGUGAUUUUUUGGUUUUUUAUUAAAUUUUGGCAUUGUUCGACGGCCAUCAGUUGGAAAUGUUGAUAGACUGUCGUUUCAUUUGACAUUCUCUCUUUUUCCUUUAUUUUCAGCACUGUUUUAGCCUGAAAAUGCUGAAAAUUCGGUGGAAAUUGAUAGGGGUCAGCAAGUGCGCUCCACCGCACUCGCCAACGAAACAUUGUCUUUCAGAUGUUUCCUUCCUCCUUUCUCAGCUAAUUUUCCAUUUUUUCUCGCUCAAAACUAGGUUUUUAGAUAGAGAAAAAUUUAGAGAAUAUUUUGAGUCACUUCAUUGAGGCAAUAGAUUUUUCUCUAAUUUUUUCCAAUUUUUUCCAGACAAACACUCGAAAUUUUCGUUUUAUCAGCAUUUUCAGCUAUAAGAUUAGACGACAAGCAGGAUUUUGCAAUAUUUAAAUUCGAUUUAACAGAAAUGUGACAUAAAAGGUGUUUGCAAUAUCCUCGCAAAAUUGCGCAAAAUUUUUCUCUCUUUCCCCAAGAAAAAAUGAUGAUGAUGAUGAUGACGUGACAGGUUUCUCCAAGUAUUCCACUCAAUAUCAGUAAAAACAGAAAUCUGAUUCCCUCAGCUUAUUUCCGUCUGGCGGGCGAGGAGAACAGAAAACAUAUAUCGGGCCGAGCGAGUGAAUUUACCCAUUGAUCGUCAUGGCAACGUGGCUUUUGUUUGGGCGGCUCGAGCUUAUCUUUCGACGGCUAUACACCUGCCUCCUCCGUCUUUUCCUUCUUCUUCUUCUCUCCGUCUUCGUCUUCUUCUGACGACGUCGACGAAGAAUACGAAUUUUCGAGUGACGGCAACGCCCACGAGAGGCACACCUCAGACCUUAUCCUCCGAGGAAUUCGUUUUCCGACUCUGACACGGCAAUACUUCUCAUAUUCGAAUAUUCUGGAAGAGAGGAAUCCACGUGGCAAUCGAAACAAAUUCUGAAGAUUCUGAAGCCCCCAUAUCAGAAAGAAUCUAUUUUGAUCGCAGUGUCAGAACAACGUUUCGUAUCAAGAAAGAAUCCAAUUCUGCAGACGAUAUUAUCGUUUUGGAGUAUUGACGAUUUGUGACAUCAGAAAAGCUCGACAUUUUUUCUGAGAAAUUCUGUCCACAUCAUCAUCCACAUCAUCAUCAUCAUUUGACCGUCCCCCCGAAAAUGACGUCAUCAUCAUCGGCACUAGCGUUGGCAAUUCCAGAAUCGAUGAUUCUGUUCGACGUGCAACUCGAAGAGUGGGCCAAAAAAUCGGCGAAAAACCACGAAUUCGUGCAGUCGGAGAAGGCGAUUCCGGCGUCCGCCUACUUUCUGCUCGGAUCGUUUUGCUCGGACGGCGACAUCCACGUGGCACACGCAUCCAAAUGUCCCGUACACGCAAGUGCUCUUGCCGAGGUUCGUCCCUUUCCAUUUUUGCCAAAGUUUCGAUUGAAAAAUCACUGAAUUUCGCCAUUGUCCGUUUGCAGAAUGCGUCGGAGAAGGAGAAGCUUCUGGAAGACGCGUGGAUGUCGGACAACGCGGAACGGGUGCUCCGCAUGCUGCCCGGCGGAAUCCACGUCGUCGGCAUCGCGUGGUUCUCCGACAAAAAGACGUUUUCCGAACGGAAAUCGCACAUUCACCGCACUCUGGGACGCAUUCAGAAGAUGAACAACCAGAUCACACACUGCAAUUUCGACGACUCCAUCUCUGAUAAUAUGGUACGCGUCGGCGCGCGAUUUAAAAAAAAAUAAGUAUUUGCAGGUGACGGUGUUCUUCGAAACGGGCUCAACGGUGCCGGUCGGCUCGAUCGUCGACGUGGCGAACCGCGGGAACGACGCGACGGCGAAAGUGCAGUUCCAGAAGCUCGAGUGGAUCUCGCUGGUGACGAACGCCUCGGCGAGGAUCGUGCACAACGUGCCGCUCACCGCCGGACGCACCGAUUUCUACACCGAACUGACGUGCGCCACCAAGAAUUUCGUCGGAAAUCUGUUCCAGUGCAAACAUGUGCGUCUCAGUGCAUUUAUUUUUUUUUCUCUCGAAUCACAAACAUUGCAGACACUUCUGGACGGCGAACUGCGUGACAACAAAGAGCCGCUCAUAAAAGACAUCAAAAAGAAUAAGAAGACGACAAUCGAGGCGCAAAUCUUUUUGGAUCCAAUGUGUGAGUUGCUAGAGAGUUCUUCAACAACAUUUCCGCUAAACACCAUUUUUUUUCAGACAACCGCGAGCCGGGCGUAUUUCACGAUGUCUCACUGAACAUGCACGAAAUGCUCUUCGAUAUUGAGGUAAUUCCAUUCCAUGCUUCCCGUUGCCUGAAAAGAAGCUGACAAAAAAGACGGGCGAUUAGCGUGUGAGAAAGUAGAGACGCAGGCGCGAAACAACAACAACGAGACAAGUUUCGCGCCUGCGUCUCUUUCCUUUCUUUUAGCAAAUUUUUCCGCAAGUAAGUGAGUUUUCAGGUUCGCGCGGCGGUUCCGAUCCGUUCGACAGUGAAAGAUGCGAUUCGAGCGAUCAAACAGCACCUGGUGCGCAAUUUAUUCGCCAGAAUCGGUUAGUUUUGGGAUGCAAAUUGUUGAGGGCAAAUGACGGUCCAGGCUUUUUGAAAUCUGGACUUUUGACCCACUUGCAAGGAUCCGGUCGGACCCUAACUUUGCAGACUUAUUGGACUUGGAUUGAAGUAUAUUGGGUUCAAGUUUCAGACUGAUCGGAUCCUGCGGUCCCGAGAUAUGUAGAUGAGAGGCCGAAAAGGCCGGGUUGUUGCGGCUUUUUCGGCUUUAAGCCAGUAUAUCUCGGGACCAGAUGAUCCGAUGGGUCUGAAACUCGGACCCAGCAUACUUCUAUCCUAGUCCAAGAAGCCUGCAAAGUUUUGGCCCGAUCAGAUUAUUGCAAUUGGGUCAAAAGUCCUUCGAAAAGCCGAGGCCGGCUUUUUGCCCAGCCCUGCAAAACUAUGAAAAAUUCAGAAUUGCACUACGAGUCGAUGGACGUGGUGGAGGAGCCGAAAUCGGCGAAAAACGGAAUAACGGUGCACCAGCUGCCCCGACCGGCCACGACGGUCCUCUACACGCAUCCGGCCAUUCUCCUCAACGACUUCCUCUUCGAGGCGGACAAUGUCGAGGACGCGCAACAGAACUUUGACGAUAUGAUGGAUCUGCAGACGAGCAUUGGUGAGGGAUCAGGCGAAGAAGAACACGAAUUCAAAUAAUCGGAAUUUUUGCAGAGCACGUGGACGAGGGCUGGGAACGAGCGCUGACGCCUGAGGAGAUGGAGCACAUGCGCACGCCCAUCGAAGACGUUCACUUUUUCGACGGCGAAAUCGCGAACGACUCGUGGUGCUCCACAAAGACCCUCCUCAUCACAAUUGCCAUCAUCAUUGGAAUACUCGCCUCGAUUAUCUAUUUGACCGUCGCGCAUUCUUGA